AUGACACCGACUUCGGAAGUCGUCGAUUGCCGCCGCUUCCUAGCGGCGUGGGGUCGACUGCAAGCCAGUAAGAAGGAACCCUUGGACAGCGAUAUCGUAACACAGUAUCAACAACUAGCGCUUCACUUCCAGCAGCUCAUUCAAAACAGCGACGUGUUAAAGACUCUGGAGCCAGAGCUGUCGCCUGUAUUGACAAACAUAGCUGAGCUUAAGAAGGAGCAGGAUGCGUCAACGCCACGACGAUUUCCACGAGCCUCAGAGAUCUCCAAGCUGUGCGAAAAGCGCGCCCAUGCAGCCAAGACUGCUACGAUCUACCGUAAGCCUACAGCUCUUGCGAAUACCCAAGAAGAGGAUUCGGUACCUAGCUCAGAGGUGAAGAAGGAGGAGGUCGUAGUGACUCCCGAACUGCGCACAGAUCUGAGUGCGGACGACUUUAAGUCGAUGCUGGAGGUGGCAGCUCCCCAGGAGGAAAAGCUGUCGACCAAGGCCAUCAGGAAGCGCCUGGGCCUAGUAGAUCGCUCGGGAGCACAAGCGACUGCAUCUGAGACGGUGGCGCGUGAAGAGCAGGAGUCAAUUCAGUCCGAGAUGAUGUCGCUGGCGAAGCAGCUUAAGGACAGAACGCAGACCAUCAACCAGUCACUUGCGGAGGAUGUCAAGAUCUUGGACGAUGUAGGACAAAGCGCUGAGUCGAACACGGCGCUAUUGGAUCGCGAGAAUGCCAAGCUGAAGGAGCAAUUAGCUUCCAGUAUCGGGCUGUGGACGUCUCUAUGGCUUGUGGCGAUGCUUGUCAUCGUCUUCGUCGUCACUUAUUUCUAUAUGAAGCUGUUCUCGCGUCGAUGGUAA